CCCGGCGGGGGCGGGGCCUCUGCAGAGGUCACAUUUACAGAGAGACAAUCAGACAUUAAACAACCGGGAGCCGAGUGGUUCAUUUGGUCGCAGAUUUAAAGUUUUCUCCUCACAGAGGUUGCUCCAUAUUUCCAUUUGAUAAUGUUUUGCCCUUCAUAACAUCCAAACUGUGACUCAUGAAGUCAGAACUCCUGCUCUGAAUCCUGGCCCAUUGUGGCACUGAUCUCAGCACCAACAUCACACACAGAAAGGAUGCAGUUUGGGUCUGGCCUUUCUUAAACUUCAAUUAAGUGGUUACAGAAAGGGAGAGGGAGGUGGUGGAGAUGUCUGCCUGCCCAGCAGAAGGGGAAUGGAAAACAAUCAGCAAGAAAAAGGGAAUAAAGAAAAGGAGAGAAAAUGUCAGAAACAUUCCCCAUCGUGAGGCAGAGGUUCUCAGUGUGGCUGAAGGGAAGAGAAUCCAACAGAAAAUAAAAGAAGCAGUAGAGGAACUGCGGAGUUCAGAAUUCUGGACUGAUUGCCUUGAAACAAUUCAAAGAGUUGCGAAUACGUAUUGUACAGAUCCUCUGGCAUCUCCAUCGAGUCCCUUCCUGGGCGGGGAAGGUCCAGAGUCCCUUGAAUACAAAAAGGACAACAUAGACCACUGUCAAACUACACUUGACUUAGUGUGUUAUGGAAUCGGAAACUUUGCUAGUUCUGUAACAUCUCGCUAUCAGCUGGCCCUGCUGUUCCUGCUGCAAGAAACACUGCAGAUCCCUCAAGAUGGCUGUCUUCUCUUUGAUCCUCUAUUUACAGAAUGGGAGACGAGAUUCUUGAAGGAUUGUGGAAUGGUGGUACUCAAGGAAAAUGAGGAAGGGAAGCGGUCCAUCAACAAGCCAACACUCUUCUACAUGAUGCAUUGUGGCAAAGCCCUUUACAAUAACCUCCUGUGGAAAAACUGGUCACCACAAAAACUCGCACAAACCAUUCUCAUUGGAAACAGUUUUAAAGGGAUGGAGGAGAGAUUACCAGCCCGAGUACUGCAGAGGGACUACAAGUACAUUAAUCACAUAUUAGCAAUAACUGAAGAGGCAGCAUUCCCCUCCAGCAGUAGAUACAUGGAUGUAUUUAAUGACACCUCCAUUCAUCAAUUUCCUAGAAGAAAACUUGAUGCAAAGCCUACAGAGUUCUGGGAAGGUGCUGCUGAACCCACAUACCAGGAGUGUGAGGACUUGGAAAUAAUCCAGAAGGGCAUGGAAUGGUUUUCGGUUUCAUAGCUGGGAAAAAAUAGGAGUGAAACAGGUUCCAAAUCCUGUUGAGCUGGAAGCAUCUGUGCAAAGGUUAUCUCGAGUUAUCAAUUUCACUCCUUCGGGAUGGUAAUAAUCUGAAGUCCAAAUGUAGUUGCGUUGGUACAGAAUACUUUCAAGGAGGAGUUUUAACUGCCUGUACCUGUUGGUAACCAGGAAUUAAAAUUGAGCAGCUCGGUUUGUCCAUAACCGGGUUACUUCUGCUGUUUUUCCCUGUGUCUCGGGCCAGGAGCCUCAUUUAUAUGCAAACCACUGGGUCAUGACGCCCCUGCCCCUGCCCCCCAUGGCAUUUUAAUGGCAUUCUGAGCAGGACAACUGGCAACCUGUUGAAAGAAGUGGGAUCUCCUCUAAUAUAAGUUUUAUACUUCGUCGGCCUCUACUGCCCAAGCCCCCUUUCUCAUCUCUCCCAUGAGGCUCAGCCAAACUCCCUUCCAUGUGGCUUACCUGCUUGCUGGUACAUGACAUCCGGUCUGCCCAAUCUUCACCUGCCAGCAAGCCCUUUAUGCCAAUGAGCAGCAAAUAAAGAAAAAGGAAAACAGUAAAUGGUGUCCAUAUUUUAUUAGUGAAGUAUCUAAUCACAGUAGUACAAUAUUCAUUAAAACUUAAAAUCAUCCUACAGCGAAGGAAUAUUUCAGUCACGGUCAAAAAAGCAUUCACCCGAUUCAUGAAUUAUGGUCUAACACUUAAAUGAAAGCAAAAAUAAAGCCUCAACCUAUAAACUGUAAA